CAAUUGCACGACCGCAUGUCCUUAGAAAGGACGCGAGUGAGAGAGAGUUUUGUACAACUGGGUUUAUUUUUGUUUACAACUACUUUUAUGAACGUUUGUCUACACAACUCGGAAGGAAAUAACUAGUACGUCUCUCGGAGAGACAUUGUGCGUAGAGAGAAGAAGCUUUUGGGGAGAGCUAAUGCUAUUGCAGCAGCAUAAAUGCCGGCUCUAGACAGUAUCCAUAGAUAAGAAAUUUCCCUUAUCAACAAAGAGAUGCUGUAUACACGAAUGUAUCAUUGUUGGGAGACAUGAGAAAAAGGAACCACUAGAAAGUUAAUCAGCCAAUAACGUAGAGAGCAAAGUUCAGCUCAGUUCACAUACACAACCAACAGCAGUUGGUAUAAAAAGCAAAGUCCUGUGUGUUGUAUUAAUAGUUUGGAAACUGGAGAAAACAGAAAACUAUGCAGGAAGAAUUCAGUGUAGGAACCUAUCCGAAAAAAUAUAUUUAAUAAUUUACAUACAAGUAGUAUUGGGUGGUAAUUUGGAUCUGAGGAAAUAUUAGAACAACAUUUGCACACAUGCUUACUGAAAAAUACCAAUAACACGGGAUAUCUUUACAAAAAUCUUCACAAAAUAAAUACUUUCAUUAAUUUUUCACAAAAAGAAUAGAGUAUAAGUCGAAAUGGAGACAUCAUAUCAAGAUUUAAGCGAACUGGAAAAAUCGGUGGCUCAUGCUGGAUCCCAGUUAAAUUGCAUGGCACAUAAACUUCACGAAGUCGAGCAGCGUUGCCUGGAUUGCAAUAGCUUGGAGGAAAUAGAUGACACUUGUGUAUUAGAGUUGUUGGAGUCAAUGUCGGAGGUUCGCAAUGAAUAUAUAAAUCUUCGUAAGGAUAUACAAGAGGUCCAGCAACUUCAGCGUGACGUCACCACAUCAAUACGCUUUCAAAUGCGGCAAAUGCAUUUGACAUAUCAAGUGUUGAAAAAGCGCUUGGAAAUCAAAAAGGCCCGAAAGUAGAACUAAUGUAGCGCCAGAGAAGGAGUAUUUUUUUAAAAUUACUUUAUGCACUUCGAGUCCCAUUCAGAUUGCAAUAAAAACAAAUGGUAAAGGCUGUCUUAUUCAAAGUGACCUCUCAAUAUAUCGACAUGCAUUUCAGAACCCCACUCGCAGCAUUUGAAUCGAUUUGCUAGCAUAAUUUUACACCUUACACCAUCUGUUAUUUGAUAUAAAAAAAACCAAGAAAGAAAUGCCUUAACAUCAUAUACGGAGUCUUGAGUUUGGACGAAUCUCCAAUAACGUGUACACAUGUAUGAGUGUAUGUUUAUUUAUCAGGUUGUGUUUUUUGGAAUAUGUCAAUGACGAAUGAAUGGAUCUCCUACACUAAGUUGACUUAUUUUAUAAUGUACUCUCAAACGACGUGUAUUAGAAAGGUUUUAGUUUAGAAGACCGAGUUUUGUAAGAGUCGUAUUUAUUCUAAAUUACUGUAGGAAUUAAAUUACAUACUUACGAUAAGACUUAAGACAUAUGUAUGUAUGAAUUUAUACCUUGUCUUCAAUGAGCACUAUUUAUUAAUUAUGUUUUUUGUUAUAUGAAUGUAGUUCCCAACAUUAACACUCUAUUGUUUGUUUGGGCACAAAAUUGUAAAAUAAAAGCAAGAAUAUCUUGGAAAACUCA